CACUCGACGGCCAAUCGCACUUUCAGUCUACCUCCUAUCGUUAAUACUCACUUUUAAAAAAAGUUUCUUCCGUGAUUCUGCAAUAAACGAAGACUCCAGUUGAUAUUCAAUCUUCCAACGACGAACAUCCAUAAAACACCGAAACCAGAUUUUUGUUUUAAAGUUUUAAAAAAAAUGAUCGAAAAUUUGUCAAAUUAAAAGUUUUGUUAAUAAAGUUUUUUUUAAUUUAUAAGAAACUUAAAAUAAGUUUUGUGUUUCGAAAGCGAUUGGUCAAUUUUCGAAAUAUUUUCGAAUUUGGUGCUCCAUUAGUGAAAACAGAGAAGAAAGUGUUUGAAAAGAAAACGGGAAGUUGAAGAAUUUGGAAUCAUGAAGCUGGGAAUAGCGAUAAUUGGAACGAUCGUGAUUUUUUUGAGUAUUCUUCAAGUCGAAAGUAAGAAGACGAAACAAGUUCAAAUCGCACUGGAAAGCAAAGAAACAACAACAACAAAUUUUUUUCGACUUCUGGUUAUGAGAUUAAUAUUUGGAGUGGCUGCAGCGAUGGGUUGGGGUGACAGUUUUUCUUCGUUUUUAAAUGGAGCCCUGGUGCCUCCAGGGGCAGAUGAUUACGACGAUUAUGGUGGUGACGAUGAAUUCAUCCCCGGAUUAUUUUAGAAAAAUUAUCAUUUAGAAUUUAGAAUUUAUAAAUAAGUAGCAACAAAAGCACUUUCUUAUGAAAAGAAAUGCCAUCUAUUAUUAAUCAAAUUUUUUGACUGAAAAGUAAUUUUAUUAUAGAGUAGUAGAGCGUCAGAUAUUUAGUUAUAUGUAUAAAAUUUAUUUGGUAUUUAUAUUAUUCAUUGAUUUUUGAAAUAAUUCUGUAACAUUUAUUCACUCAGUAUUUAUAGCGUUUGAAAUUUAUUUGAU